AUGUCUCCCUCGUCCUCCUCCUCAGGCGGCAAUCCGCCGCCACCCUACGGCUUCCACCACCUCCCGCACUCGCCAACAGGCUCACGCACACCAAGCCGUCCAGGCUCCCCACCACACGGCGGCAGCGUCCCCUCCCCCGGCGGCGUACCGGGCACCUUUGUCCUCAACCUCGGCAAGUUUGGCGGCUUCUUCAUCAUCCGCAUACCUCCCUCCGUACAGAAGGUACUCGGCGUCGUGCUGCGCAAAUGGAAGACGCUCGUCUUCGUCACGCUCGUCGGCGCGCUCGCCGCCUUCGGCCUCUUCGGCGCCAUGUCCACAGAGUGGCGCGAGAUGACCUACUACCGCGUCGACCCUUACCCCGUCGUCCCAGCCGGCGGCCACAAGUCCGGCGCAUCCUCCUCCAGCCCCUUCCAUCCCCCCUCAUCACGUCCCAUCACCCCGCCCAAGUUCGGCGCCUGUCUCGGCCCCAAGGGCGUACCCAUCCCGCGCGCGCCGCUCGAGGUCUACGACACGCCCGACACGCAUCCCGUCCCCCUCGUCGGCAGCUACGAGGCCGCCGGCAUGGACUUUGGCAAGUGCAUGACCUACCGCUCGCGCUACGCCAUGUACUCGGACCAGGCGCUCAACAUCACCUAUCGCAAGGACAUGUCGGAGCUCGAGUCGUACUUUGCAAAGGCCGAGGACUACGACGACGACCCGGACAACGUCAAGCCUCUCAAGCAGAAGCCCAAGGCCUCGUCUGCCGCCAACUCCACCGCAACCGGCACCGGCACCGGCACCGCCGCCGCCGCCGAAGCUUCCGCCACCCAGCGCGAGAAGGUCGACCCGCUCUACGGCCCACGCAAGCCCGAGGGCAUGAGCGAGGGCGAGUGGGAGGGACGUCUGCGCGACCGACUGUGGCGCGCCAACGUGCUCAGCGAAGAACUCGGCCCAUCGAGCUACCCGGACUGGCGUGCGCUCAUGGACGCCUGCUACCAGAAGAGGCUGCACGACCGUGGCAUGGCCGGCGGCGUGGACCACUUUGACCCGCACAACCUGCCCACCAGCGAGGAGCCGCACACGAGCGGCGGCCGCUCGCACGUCUUCACCACACCCGAGACCAAGCGCACGGCGAUCGUCAUGCGCUCCUACGAGGGCUACGCCUGGCGCGAGGACGACAUCCUCAACAUGCGCGCGCUCAUCAGCGAGCUCUCGCUCAACAAUCCCAACACGCCCUACGACGUGCGCAUCCUGGUCGAGGUCAAGUCGCGCCACCUCGCCGUGUUCACCUCGGAGUGGGACCGCCUCAACGUGCUGCGCUCGAGCGUGCCGCGCGAGUUCUGGGGCCUCGUGGAGCUGUGGACCGAGGACGAGAUGUGCGCGCUCUACCCGGGCCUGCCGGGCAAGUUCCUCAACAAGAUGUUUGCGCAGACCUCGUACCGCUCGUGUCUGAUGGCGCUGCAGAAGUUCUACCUGGACCACCAGGAGUACGACUUUAUGUACAACUGGGAGAUGGACGUGCGCUACAUUGGCAACUACCUCGACUUUUUCGAGGGCAUCGAGGAGUACUCGCGCAACGAGCCGCUCCACUCGGGCAUGGACAAGUACGACACCUGGCUGGUGCGCAACGUGACGCUCUCCGAAAACAACUGGCGCGACAACACCAGCCUCACCGUCGGACGCGGGCAGGAGGCGGAUCUGAUCACGCUCGGCCCCAUCUUUGAUCCCAGAGGCUCCGGAUGGUACUGGGAGUACGACGUGCAGAACUACCCACCGGGGCAGAACACGGACCGUCGCGCGUCGAUCGGCACCAACAUGCGCAUGAGCCGCGGACUGCUCGAGGCGAUGAACGUGGUGAACGCCGAGGCGAAGAAGUCGCUGCACUGCGAGGCGUGGCCGACGACGCUGGUGCUGCACUCGCAGCUGCCCAUGUCGCACGAGCACUCGUUCUACCCCGAGGCGGGUUUUACGCACAAUCUGCCGCUGCCGUUCAAGGGCGUGUUUGUGCCGCAUCCGGUGUACUUCCGCCACGUGUGGGAGCCCGAGGUGCUGCACAACCGCAUCAACCGACCGGACUUCUACAAGAAGAUCAACGAAAAGGUGAUGCGCGACUCGUCGUUCUACUACGACGGCAAGCACAGCAGGGAGGUCUACGUCGGCUGGAAGGAGAAGGAGAACGUGUGCCGUGCGCCGAUGCUGCUGCACCCGAUCAAGCGCGUCAACUGA